CAUGGUUGCUGCAAGUUGACGCAAAGGUAUUUCAAGUUUUACUCUUCGUUUUCUGAAAUCAGUGCUGUUGAUAUUUACAGACAUCAUUCUACAAGGUCGAUAGUAAGCUGGCCUGAACUGGAGAGUGUCCAUGCUGCUGUCUUAGCUCAUAUUGGUGCUGUCUUAAUUUUGCAGAUGAUCCGUUGAAGGAAGAACUGGUCUGUCAACAACUGUCAGGUGGGUCAGGUGACUGAUGGGAUACGAUGCAGUGUUAGCCAGGUGUAUUAGAGCAUUUCGAGCCUUGUAUCCAGGUUUACCUGUCCUUAUGGCAGCAGGCGGGACGAAAAUCAAACCAGACUGUCAGGAAAAUGUGGAAUCGCUCAGGGAAGCACUUAAAAAGGACUCUGAUAUGGGAGAGCAGAUCAAGGAUGUUCCUGACAAGGCUCUUAAGAGAUUCCUGAGAGCCCACCUAACAGUCCCGGAGGCUCACAAGGUGUAUGUGAAGUGUGAGAAGUGGAGACACAAGUAUGGCGUGGAAAACAUCAAGCCAGAAGACCCUGCCAUCCAGUCAGAGUUAGCCACAGGAAAGGGCAUUGUUCUGGAAGAGAGGGAUAAGGAUGGAAGGCCCAUUAUUCUGGUAACAGUACAGCUUCAUGAUACGAAGAACAGAGACAUGGAAGUGCUUACCAAGUUCACUGUCUACAUGCUGGAAACACUUUCCAAGCUGUCUGACCAAGGCGAGAUGGACAACAUUUGUGUGCUGUUUGACAUGAAGGACUUCAGCCUGCGGAACAUGGACUAUCAGUUUGUGAAGACUCUGAUCAUGCUGCUGCAGAGAUACUUCCCAGAGAGACUGGGGGUUUGCCUCAUUGUCAAUGCACCAACUCUGUUCUCAGGCUGCUGGCUCAUCAUUAGACCUUGGCUGGAUGAGAGAACACGGAAGAAAGUUGCUUUCAUAUACAGUGAAGAGGAGCUGUCACAAUACAUCAGACUGGAUGUUUUGCCCAGGAAACUUUUCUGACAGAAACACACAUCCUUUCUUUUGGAUAUAAACAUUUCACACCUCAGUACAGGAUACCCAUAGCUUCAAGUAGAAAAUGCACCUUUCAGUGGUAUUAUUAUCAAUAAAUCUAUUUACUCCAGUACCUCAAUACCAGGAAUAUUCUGUGGAUGGUUUGAUUUUGCAAUACAAUGUAUACCGGUAUCUGCAAUAUGUGGGUUUUAGGUUUUAUUGUAAGAAGUGUUUUAUUCCUGUUUAUGGGGUGUACAGAAUUCUAUCAAGUACAGUAUAGUAAGGUAUUGUGUAUAUAUCUAUAAAAAAACAGGGUACUCAGAUGCAAUAAACUUGAAUGCAUUGCUGCUUACAUUUUGUGCUCAAGCAGUGGCUAUGUAUAUAUGGGGAAUAUAUACCUCAUACAUCUUGCGUAUAUCUUACAUAUUUGUCCUGUACUUUAUAUGGUAGGGAAGAUUUUUGUCCAUUUCGGUGUUCAGCAGUGCUGAAGAUGUAAAUUUACCAUUUUUAGUUCGACUGAAAGACUUGAAAUAACAUUACAUCAUGGCCUUCCUGAUGAGGUAUAUGAGUUUCUUGGCUAAGCCCAGGUUCUCUUAGACUAGUAGCUUCUUAUGUUACAUAUAUAUGUCUAUGAUACCAAGAUUUAGUGUUUACGAAUACAACAGUCAGAACUCAAGUAGCUACUACCAGUUCUAGAGCAGGCAGUGUGAUACAGUGUUAUCUUUGCUUGGUCAUCAUCAACCCAUCAUACCAAACAUCAUUUUAUGUAUGACAUCCCAUGGGACUGUAAAUCUGACAGUACAGUAGAACCUAGUACAAUCUAGAACAAAAAGUGGUCACAGAUCAUUCUAUGGCUCUUUUGUCUUGGUAAAUGUUCUAAGUAUUUCCUGUCUCUCAUGGCUUCCUUCAGCCACUGGUCACAUGAGAUUCUGACUGGGCAGCAUCUCUAAUGCCUAAAGCAUCAAACAUUUAUCAUCAUUCAA